AUGAAGGUCGCCAAAGCUUCGAUUCUUGCUGUGCUGGCCCACUCGGUCGGCGCUCGCUUCGUUGUCGAGGAGGAGAUCAACCGUGUCCAGCUGUAUCCCGCCGGCUCCGAGCCGGAGAAGUACCUAAUUGAGCUCGCCCCAGGCAACACUCGCUGGGUGACUGAGGAGGAGAAGUGGGAGCUUCGCAGGAACGGUAAUCGCUUCUUCGAUAUCACCGACCACAAGGACCUCGGCGCAACUCGCCUUCAUUCGAAGACCAAGAGCGUCUUCCCCGAAAAGUGUCGCCUCCAGGACAAGGUCAAGCCUCUCAUCAAGGACCUUGACAAGAAGGAGAUUCAGACCAAUCUGGAGAAGUUCACAAGCUUCCACACCCGCUACUUCAAGUCUGACUACGGCCGCCAGUCCUCCGAAUGGCUUCUGGCUAAGCUCAACACUAUCAUCAAGGAUGCCGGCGCCGAUAAGCACGUCUACGCCGAGGCAUUCCCCCACACAUGGCAACAGAGCUCCAUCAUUGUUACCAUUCCGGGCAAGUCUAACAGCACCGUCGUCAUCGGUGCGCACCAGGACUCCAUCAAUUUGUGGCUGCCUUCCAUUCUUGCUGCACCCGGUGCCGAUGAUGAUGGCAGUGGCUCCAUGACCAUUCUCGAGGCUUUCCGCACCCUUCUCAAGUCCAAGGAUGUCAUCUCCGGCAAGGCUGACAACACCAUCGAGUUCCACUGGUACAGCGCCGAGGAGGGCGGCCUUCUGGGUAGCCAGGCCAUCUUUUCGUCUUACGAGCAGGAUGGACGUGAUAUCAAGGCCAUGCUCCAACAGGACAUGACCGGAUUCGUGCAAGGAACGCUUGAUGCUGGAAAGCCCGAAAGCGUUGGUGUCAUUACCGAUUUUGUUGAUCCCGGAUUGACCGGUUUCAUCAAGAAGGUCAUCUACUGCAAGGUUCCCUACGUCGAGACAAAGUGCGGCUAUGCCUGCUCCGAUCAUGCUUCUGCGAGCAAGGCCGGUUACCCUUCCGCCUUUGUCAUCGAGUCUGCUUUUGAGGACUCUGACAAGCAUAUUCACAGCACCGAUGACAAUAUCAAGUACUUGUCUUUUGACCACAUGCUCGAGCACGCCAAGAUGACUCUUGGCCUCGUAUACGAGCUCGGCUUCACCGACUUUGCCGCUCUUGAGAAGAAGGACCAGACUGUCUCUGAGGAAUUGUAA